GGCCUCGGAUCGCGCUCGUCGCCAGCGUAUAGUCAGUCAGUCCGCGUUUUCCCGCGUCUCUUUCGCUUCGUCGCUACUUUUCGCUUCGAAAUCGCUCGUUUGAAACGGCUUGCGCGAGUGAACACGUGUCAUCAAGGGAUACCAGAGGUUCCGUGAAGGCUGUUCAGUAUCCUCGAGGAUCCGGGAACGAUCGUACACGUUCGUGUUUACCAGUAGAGUGCAAAGUGUCAUGGGGAUCUAGGUACGCCGGUGAGGAAUCGAGACGCAUGAGAGUCGAUACCGGGUUGACGUUAUCAGGUGAGGGCCAAGCAGCUUCCGGCGACGCAAUCGAGAGACGUCAAUGGCCGAUGGUAUGGACAAUCCGGCGUUCACCGGCGACGAAGACGGCGCCGCCGACGCGAAGGUGGACGAUGGCCAGCAGCAAGUGAUCUUGGACCAGGAUCCCAAGCCAGCGUCGGAGAGCACGCCGAUGGAAAAUGGCCAUCAACGCUCGUUUGUCUCGCAACACUACGUGGAACCCGGAAGAACCAGUCCGGAUCCGCAUUAUAAAACCGAGAGAAAAAUCGAGGUGCCCGAGGGCAACGAUAAGACCGUCGUCGAACCCAAGCUAAACGGCAUCCAUGGAAAUGGAAACAAUAACGACGCCAGCUUCCUCAACAACAGUGCGACGAGCGUCCAGACGAACGACACCGGAAAGAAGGAGCAAAUCGAGGCUGUGAACCUGGAACUGGUCUCGAUGAGGCCUUACGCAGGCAACAACCUUCAAAAGGGCCAAGAAGCCUGCGAGGUUCCAGCUGACCCAUACGAAGAGUACUUUGUGCCGGUAAAUGAGCAUCGGAAGUACAUAAGGGGCGAGAAACUCUACGUAACGAAGGACAAACGAUCCAGAAGUUCCUACUGGAGAAGGAUGGCGUGCUGGGGAUGCGGCUUAUUGGUCCUAUUAAUCGCUGUCAUCAUUGCCAUCUUGGCUGCGACUGGCGUAAUAUUGACGCAAGAAGCCACAGAACCGUUGGAGAACCUGCAACAAACUAAUUCCCGACAGUUCGGUGACGUCCGAACCGCAGGAAGUCAAGAGUACGUGAAAGAUCCGCCGCCAAGUCCACCGCCUGAAACCUCAAGUUUUCCACCUUGGCCAACGACGGAUGAAAGUAUUUACGUCACCGUCCCAAGCGCUUUAGACGGAUUAUUGCAAUUAGACGAAUUUCGCUGGAACGACGAUCUGAGGGAUCCUAAGUCGCGAGUAUACAGAGACGUUGCCUCGGAGAUAGAAGAAUAUCUAAGGAACGCGUUGCGUUCCGCGAACAAUGAGACGAUCGUCAAAGUGUACGAUAUAAACAAGCAGGGAGAAGUGAUAUUUAGAAUAAGUUAUCCUCCACAGCCUAUGCCUGAAGAGACUCAAAGAUUAAUCGAGAACACGCUAAAAAAAAAUGCCAACAUGAUCGGACAAUACCACUUGAGCAGACUACAAGUAAGCAAACUCGUAGACGAGUGUCAGAUUCAUAAUCAUGAAUGCUCCGAAAUCUGCACCUACGAUUACUCCAAUGGUAUGUUCGUCUGCUCUUGUAAUUUCGGAAAAUCGUUAGACAACGAUGGGAAGCGUUGCAUCGACAAAAACGAUUUAAGUAACGUUGACAUGGACGACGAAGUACCAAACUCCAACACCGAAACGGUGCACGACUACGUACAAGGCAGGAGUAGAGGACCAGGAACCCUGUUCGAACCCAGACGUCCUGAUAAUUGGCAUCACUCCGAUUUCAGUACAGAAUCAGCGCAUAUGCACCACUCUUCGCCGCAAGCUGACAACGAACAUGACUUUGGUAUGCUUCCACAAGCAGAUCGUGAUUCAUCGGAGCCAAAAUAUACACCCAUGACCUCGACGGAGCAAAAUCAUGCGUUCCAAGACGAAUCUGAGUCGGUUCAUUGGAUGCACGAUCACGCGAGUCAUUUCACUGUAGAACCUAACUCUGAAUCGACAGUUAAACCAGAACCAUCUGCUGAACCGAAACCCUUUGACGAAUCGGAAGCUUCGAUGGAGCCAGAGCCUGCUACUGAACCAAAGGGUUUAGCAGAGCCAAAGCCCGCUACUGAACCAGAACCUUCGGCAGAACCUGAGCCCUCUGCUGAGCCAGAUGCCUCGGCAGAACCUGAGCCUUCUGCAGAGCCAGAGGCUUCAGCAGAACCUGAGCAGUCUGCUGAGCCAGAACCUGCAGCAGAACCUGAGCCGUCUGCAGAGCCAGAACCUUCAGCGGAACUUGAGCCUUCUGUAGAGCCAGAGGCUUCAGCAGAACCUGAGCAGACUGCUGAGCCAGAACCUGCAGCAGAACCUGAGCCGUCUGCAGAGCCAGAACCUUCAGCGGAACCUGAGCCGUCUGCAGAGCCAGAACCUUCAGCGGAACCUGAGCCUUCUGCAGAGCCUGAAUCCUCUGCUGAACCAGAACCUGAAUCCUCUGUCGAGCCAGAAACUUCGGUAGAACCUGUACCAAAGCAUUUCGCCGAUCUAGAAGUUUCCGAUGAACCCAAGUCCACUACUGAACCACAACCGCCUAGUCUAUCGGAAUCAUCCACGGAACCCAAAUCUUUAGUUCAAUCGGAACUCAUUUCUGGAUUCGAACCAGCCACCGAACCUAAACCCACAGAAUCUUCCAUCGAGCAGAAAUCAUCUAAUUUAUCACCCAUGGAAUCUGAAAGCUCUACGGACGUAUCGUCUCAACAAGGAAGCUUUGAAAUGUCUCCUGACGUCGAGCAUCCCACCGAAAUGCAACACACUAUGGAGUCAGAAUCUUCUACCGAACCUAUGACCACGAGCAAUGCAGUUGUCGGAUCAAUUACCGAAUUACUCGCAACUGAAACUCCACUCGAUUCUCCGACUACAACCUUAAUGCUCGAGAAUGAAAGUAUGAAUACAUUUAACUCCAGUGACUCGACAAACAUGCAGCCAGAAUCUACUACACUUCCAGGUUCGUUUGGAGAAACCACGAUGAUGGAUGAUGAAAAGAAUGAUACGAUAAGCGACGAUUUACCUUUGCCAGUGAUACCAUUGAUGCCUACCAACGAAGAAGCUAUGAGUUUCGAUCAUUCGACCACCGAUGAUCGUUCAGAAAUAAAUACUACGCCAGUGAUUGAUACGAGUGCAAAGGAAAUGGAUAACGAGAAUAAAAUGAUGACGACAAAUCUAAUGGAAACUACCGAAAGUAUUGCAUCGCAGGAUACCGCAACGAAUACAAAUAGCGAAGAAUCUGAACAAACAGAUCCUUCCUCGACAUCAUCCAGUACUAAAUCCACGAUUUCCGAAGUAGAAUCUAUUACAAAUGCGACAAUGGAUAAUAACAAUACCGAGACAACUCCUCUUCCGCUAGAUACCACGUCGGAAAACACAACCGAAUCAAGUUCUACCGCGGAAACUAAUACUACAGAAGCAUCUAAUAACGAAUCGUUUAAAGAGCUCAAGUCUCACGACGCUUCAACGUUGCCUGAACCCACCGAAUCUUCCAUUCAAAUUGAACCGAGUACACGCGAUGCGAAUGAAACCAAUGUCAUCGAACAUAUGCCUACAACUAUCUUCCCUAAAUUGCCAAAAAACUUCGCACACAACGUCGAACCUCUUAUAGAACCUCUUACGAAUAACACAGAGGAAGAACACAUCAUGAUUAUACCACAGUCAGAGCACACAACGGAAUUGCAAGAAGCUCACGCGAUCAUUCCACAACUCAUACCAGAACAAAGCGUACAAUCAACAAACGAAUCGACGGCUCAACCUGAAAUCACCACGGUAAAAAGUAAGAUUCAAGCUUCUACAGAGAACAGUGCGACAGGUUUACAAGAUUCGACAACCUCUGCGAACGAGAAUGUCGUUUCGACAGGCGUUUCAGAUCAUUCGACUCGUUACGAGGAUACCAUAAAUCAUUCUACCUCCUAUCCGUUACACCCUGCCGUAUUUCCUGAAAACGUGGUCGAACAUGUCACGGAGAAGCCUGAUAUAACUUACGAUAAGCAGGUCGACGACAUGUCACCUUUCCUUCCAGAUAUUCAGAAGGAGAAGGAAAUGAAGAAGGCUCCGAGAUUGGAUAAAGACGAGCAAGACGUUCCUAAUCCUUUCGAUGGUCACGUGGAAGAUGUCGUCACGUAUAAACCUUUGAUCGAGAACAACACACCUUCCACGGAACGAGAUGCGAAUGAAACAAAUUUCAAGGAUUUGAUAAACGACGUGCAUCCGGAAAUACACAACAUCGAUCCACUUAUCGAAGAAAACGACGACACCAGAGUGAAUCGCACGGGCGUUAAAGAUGAAGUCGCUAAUGGUUUGGGAAACGAAGCUUUGAACGUUCUCGAAGUUAACAACACCGAGUCCGCAACCGACGAUGUUAUCGAUAAACCAGUAAACGAUGACAAGCACAUCGUAGAAGAAAACGACGAUCGAAAUGUUUCCGAAGAAGACGAAGAAGCGCUAAAAGUGGUACCACUGGAAGAACAGUUUAAAGAGACAGAAACUACCAUUAAAUACGACACGGAUAAAGGUGAAUCCGAAACACCAAUCGAAUCUAGCACGACUACGAUGACUGAAAUGAUUGCAAACGAGAAAACCUCGGAACAAUCAACUGCAGGUAACGCGACGACUACUUCUUCCGAGAAACCGGAAGAGAACGCCUUGGAGGAUCAGUAUAACGACAUAUCCGACGACGCGUUGUCCAAGGGAUACCGUAACGAUGACGUGGAAAUUCACGGUAAGGCUAAAGAAUCCGAGAAAUUAAUCGAUAAUCAUUUAGAUUCGAUACGAGAUAAGGAUCAGAAAUUGGUAAAAUCAAUAGACGCGUCUUAUUCGAAAGAUGAAACGAAAAGUGGCUCGAAUGAUACGGAAGUUACGCCGACUACGAUUGGAAGCGUUUCCGAGAAGCACGUAGAAGACUCCAAAUUAACCACGCAGAUACCAGUGUUGCCAUUGGAGAUACAGGAAGAGAUAUCCACAACCGAGAAGACUGAAAGCACCACUGUGACCGAGGAGAAUCUUCGCAAAGAUAACGACACCGAACUUUCGAGUGUUUCUCACGUGGACGCAGAAAAAGAAACUGCCACGACAGUCCAAGUGCCAACCACGCAUAUAGCAUCGAUGGAAACCAAAACCACUGCACAGGUACCAAUUCCACCGGAAGAACUACAAACUACGGAGAGUGAUGCACUGGUGACCACCUCCUCUAUGAAACCGGAUCUCGAGAAAAGGAUCAACGACACGGAUAACGAUGGACAGAGAACGAUGGAAGAGAAAGAAUCUCCAAAAUCUACCGACAGUGAUAUGCGUAACGAUAAUAAAACCGAGAAUAUAGCAACCAGUACGGAACAUGCAAAUGUACACAAUAACAAGACCGAUGAUUCAUUGGCCACCACGUUGGAACACGCAGGUAGUACGGAGAUGAACGUUACGCGAUCAGAGCCGAAGAUUCCAGCGACAAACAAUACUGACGCUAAUCAGGAAGAUAUAAUUACGCCGCCAGCGGUAAACAGCGAAGAGAACGCGAAGAUAAACGCGUCAACGUUGAAAGAAACUGUGACUCGAUAUGAAAAAUCAGAAGCUCCUCUGGCCAACAGUGAAAAUAUAACUACCGAAAAAAGUAUCUCGAAAAUGUUUGAUAAUCUCAGUACAACGGAAGAUGUGAGACCAGUUACCGAGAUACUCGAAGACGACACGCCUAUAGGGUUCGAUUACAGAACACUGUUCAUCACCACCACGCCAAAGUCCGUUUUACCUGAUUUGGACGUGGGAGAAUUGUCCGAGGAAGAUUUGAAAGUUAUCCCGCUGGAAAAAACUUUGGAGGUGAAGAAAAAGUCCGUGGACAAGAAGUUGGUCGACAAAUACAAAUACAAGAAAGAGAAGGAACUCAAUCUGGAAGACAGGGACGAAGCGAACGUGUUAACAGAGGUUCCAGAUCCAGUUACAUCGCUCUCUACAGAGGUGCCACUAUUUAGCGUUGAAACGAGUCGAGAAGACCUUAACGCAACUAUCGUAAACGAUACGAAAGUACAUCCUGCGCUGGUGUCGGGAUUAAAGAUCAUCGAAACCACCAGCGGAUUCAACGAAACAGAGAUAACAGAUCGCCAAGUGUCUAGAAACGAAGGAGAAAACAGCACCGAUAGUAAAACCGGUAUGUCGGGAUCGAGUAACGCAAAGCAAUACCCGAGUUUCAUUCCCGUUUCAGAGGAGAUAAUAGAACCAGAGCCCGUCACCGAGCCCUUCAUGGUCGUUCGGAAUUAUUACCAUCGUCGACCGAACCUAGCGAACAACUUUGCGAUGCUCAGUCGCACGGUGCCCAAUGAGUCACCGAGCAAAGGACACGCAGCAAUUGACCCCAGGAAAAUUGAUCAGCUAGACAACACGAGACCGAAUCAAACAGGUUCGCAGCCUCCGGGCCAAUCAUCCGUUACCUCAUCCGCGCAGGAAGCAAACGUAAAUUUGCUUGCGAAAGAGCAACGCGCAGCAACGACAGUCCCGUCGACCACGCAAACAAAAUUACCGGACACGCCAGUUGAAGCUACCAGUCACAUCGACGUUUCGUUCUUGAAUUUACCUCCGAACGUUUUCUUUUCGAAAUGUACCGCUGGCCAGUUCCAGUGCGCGAAUGGAACAUCCAGGGAUGGUGCCUAUUGCGUGCAAUUGUCCGCAAAAUGUGAUUCCGAGAAUGAUUGUUCGGAUGGUUCGGACGAAUUAAAUUGCGAGCAAGACGGAUGUCCAGGAAACUUCCAAUGCGCCAGCGGCCAAUGCCUAAAGAGAGACUUGGUGUGCAACAAGAUCGUUGAUUGCGAUGACGGUAGCGACGAGAAAAACUGCGACGAGUGGAAAUGCCAGUUUGAUGAGUUCAGGUGUCCCAGUGGAAGAUGUAUUCCUGGGAUCUGGCAGUGCAACGGUCGACCCGAUUGCGAAGAUCAUCGGGACGAAUAUAACUGUGCCGAAAGUUGUGGAAACGACGAGUAUCUUUGUCCAACGGAGAAAUGGUGCAUACCACUGACGUGGCAUUGCAACGGAAUCAACGAGUGCGCUAACGGAGAGGACGAAACUCUCUGCGACUGCGCCCUGGAUCAAUUCAAAUGCAAAACGGGAGGAUGCGUCCCGGACAAUCAAGUUUGCGAUGGAAUUGAAAACUGUCCGGAUCAUUCUGACGAAUGGGGUUGUUUAACGGACCAGAAAGAUAGCGACAUUGAAAACAAUGGUGUGCAAGAGUUGACCGAGAGAACAUCGUUAUUAAAAAUCAGGCAAUUUGACGGCAACUAUCGGCUGGUUUGCUCCGAUACGUGGACCGAAGAGUUCAGCGAUUCGUACUGUCAAUCUCUUGGAUUCUUUGGUUCCGAGACGACAGAGUCGAUGGCGUGGGAUAAAAACCACAAAGUCCUUAAACUGAAAUCCAACUCGAAUCCCCGUAUGCCGCUAGUUACGAAUUUAGAACCAGUGGAGUUUUGUGACACGGAGAAGGUCGUUCAGGUGUCCUGUCAAGAAUUUUCUUGCGGCUCGGUUUACGGAGACGGACCAACUGCGAGAUUAGUCGGUGGAACCCUAGCCAGCGAAGGACAGUGGUCGAGUGUGGCUUUGUUAAAAGAACCGAAACGCGGUGGUGCUUGUACGGCAAGUGUCCUGGGACCCAUGCACGUGCUCGCAAGUUAUUCCUGUAUUCAGAGGUACAAGCAGAGCAACGGGUGGCAACUGUUCACAGGUGAAAAUCUGUUGAAAGCUCAUCCUGUUAAGAAUAUUAUUCCGUAUCCACAAGUGAAAUACAAUCAAUUUCUAUAUAACGAUGAUAUCGCGUUAGUCGAACUCGAGAAACCUUUGACUUUCUCGAGGAAUAUUAGCGCCGUUUGUCUACCGAAAAAUCCAAUUCAGCCGAGACAGAUAUGCGUUACGGCGGGAUGGGGAUUCCCCGUAAACGGCGAAGUGGAUUUACAGAAAUAUCUAAAGUUUUUGCCAGUGCCAACGUACGAUUCCGAUAAGUGUAACGCGACGAGUCAUUACGCUGGAUUUAUCACUAAGGACAAUAUAUGCGCUGGAUUCACUGACACGGACAAAGGACCCUGCUAUAACGACGAAGGAGCACCUCUAAUGUGCGUCAGUGAAUCUGGAGGAGGAUCAGCCAGAUGGGAAAUUCAGGGUCUACUUAGUCAUCACAGCAGAUGCUCAAGGGGUCAUCCAGCAAUUUAUUCUAGCGUGGAACCCGCGCUUUCUUGGCUGCGGCAAUCUGUGCCUGCUUUACAAACGCAAAGUUAAAGUGCUACGCGCGGUUUUACUUUCUUAAUCAAAUGCACGAGUAUUAGACUAAUCGAAUUCAAAAUGACAACAACGACAUAUUGAAAUUCACGUUAGGAAUAUUCCAUAGAAGGGAACCGACAGCAUGAAUUUGUAAGUUCCUUUCAAAAUUUUCUAAUCAACAAAAACAUGUGUACUUAAUUUGUUAUUUCUUCGUUCUAUCCGUCUGUAUUGUAAACAGUAUGUUCCUACUUAAAUGCGAAGACUGCAUUCGACGGAUAGCAUCAAAUGGCCAUAAUUCGAUGUUCUGUUUGCAAAAAGAAAUUCAAAUGACUUUUUUUUUAUAUUAUUAAUUAAUGGAUAUAGAUAUUGCAAUAUUUCGUAGUAAGUUCGACGCUUGCUAUACGUAUAAAAAAAUGGAGUACGCUAGAGGUACAUACGAUCGACGAUAUAAUACUUAUUUACAAUUAAGAUAUUUGUAAAUACUGUAUAAAGCGACUGUUUAAUAUGAUUAACAUUGUAAGAGAUUUUUUACAGGUUUAGCAAGUUAGGUCUCUUAAUUGUGCUGUUUUAUAAGUAUGACGUUGAGAAAAAUAUCGAAUACGCGGUGUAUUUUUAUUCUGUUGAAUAUCUAACAAUUUUUAAAUUCAACUUUUAUUAUACUGUUGAUUUUAGACAUGAUUUUUUGACAUCUGACGUUGAUUUUAAACAUUAUUUCAAUUCAAUUACCAUGUAAAAGAUCAACAGCAUAACGAAAGUAUUUAUUCAAAAUAAGAGACCAAUUCAAAAAUACAUCUAAUUAUUCAUUCAACAGUUUGUCUCAGAGAUCCUAAGAAAGGAUUUCUGGAAGGAGGGGUUAGAUUUAAAAAUAGAUAGGAUAAAUGUAUAUAAUAUAUAAGUAUUUUAAUAAAAUACACUGUUAUGGAAAGAUA